CAAAGCGAACGAACGCGGCGGGUCUUAACAAAACCACCCUCGAUUCGCAAACAAAAAAAUGCAAAUUUUCCAAAAAUACAAAAAAAAUAUUUAAAAAUAACGAUUUUCGUAAUGAGAAAAAAUUUUAAGUUCAAUGAUUUGUUGUUGCUGAAACUUGUGGUUGUAACGGCAAUUUUCGGCAGCUUGGUAAACAAUGUGCAGUCGAGUGAAUCCUGCUGGACACACGAGGAUGUUUGUAAUGUUCGGGCGGAGAUAUUUCAAAAUUUGGAAUUUUCCAAUGGCAUAGCCAUGCAAAUCGAUUGCACCUCAAAUGGUAGCAUGGAAGAGGGGGGAGAGUCUAUGAAAAGUCUUGGUGAGGCUGAUAAUGAUCAAGAAUUGGAUUUUCAAUUAAAUGCUGUUGAAAAUGAAGGUGGUGUUGAGGAUCUACAGCAUCAUCAUGAACCAGCCGCACUCAUACAUUCAAGCACAUAUUUUUCGCUACGACGCCGUUUCAUGGGCAUACAGUCUGUAAUGCUGGAUGGCUGCCAAACGCCUCUGAACACACACACGUACGGUUUGGAAUUUUUACCGAUCUGUGCCAACGUCACCAAAGUCUCUUUGCAACACUAUCACAUCGAUUCGCUGACCCCUUUGAAAUGUGAGGGAGUAGAUAUCCUAGACUUGGAAUAUCUGCAGCUGCAGUUCAAUGAGAUUGCCUCCAUCGACGAUGAAAGCUUCCAAAGUGCCUAUCCCCAUUUGAGGGUUUUGGAAUUGCAAAGCAAUUCCCUUCGUGUGGUGCAGCCUAAGGCUUUUCGUUCGCUGCGCUCUUUGGAACACUUACGCAUUGUCAAUGAACCAGUGCUGAUGUUGAAAUCCGGCGAUCUUUUUGAGUAUACAGCGGCCAUCACCAUACACUUGGUGGCCCUAAGGCAGAUGACGUCAGAGAUUUUCCAACAUUUACCUGAGACACUGCAAACCCUGUAUGUGGCCGACACGGUGCUCGACAGUGAUGCUGUCGAGGUUAGCAAUCCCCGCACGCUUGCCAAUCUGACGCUGAUGAAUUGCGCUCUCGAAGCAUUCACACUUCGCGAUAUUCACUCAACCGUUAAAUCAAUCACUUUGAAUGGCAACACACUGAAGCGUUUUGUGGCGCACGAAAACAAUUUGAAAGAAUUGGAUUUGGGCAACAAUCGUUUGGAUCAUUUCGAUUUUGAGUGGCUAGUGAAUGUGACAUCGUUGGAACGGCUGUCGUUAAGGGGUAACCAUUUGCGUACGCUGUCUUUGUAUGGGCUCAUGCAGCGACUGCCCAAUGGCCACUUUGUGGAUUUGAGGGAAAAUCGUUUGCAAGCUCUGGCCGAGGUCGACAGGGACCUGCCCUUUUGGUUGACUUCGCACCUAAGGCUAAAGUGUGAUCAAAACCCCUGGGACUGUUUGUGGUUGCAUGAGUUUGCCCACAAUUUUCCGGAAAAGUUUCGUCUGCUGCAGUAUGAUAAGUUCAUAUCGAAAAUCAAUGUCAAUGGUUUGCAAUGCAUACCAGCAGAGAAACCACCGGAAGCCUCCCAAAAUCCACAAACGACAGUCUCAUCAGGAGUCUUGGGUGAAGGUAUCACUGCGAGUCCCGAAAAAGCACUCAAUGCCUCCAGCUAUGUGGUCUACAGCAACGGUGAUCAAUGGGAGUUCAAACGCAAUCAAAGAGCCGAAGCCCUCAUCAUAGUCUUUAUGCUGCCCUUGGGUAUAGCAUUCCUCUUUCUGUUGCUAUACAUGUGGAUCUACUGCCAGAAGAUGUUUCAUUUGUCGUAUUACAAAAAUUUUUCAUGUGUGCGUAAAAGGCCACCGCUGCCCAAUCCUUCGCAGAGAUUUGAUGUGGUUAGGCAAAUGCCAUCCCAGCAGCAACAACAACAGCAACACCAAGCUGAUUCCUGUUCUCACGCCUUAAACUAUACUAAUUUGCAUGAUCAUCACCAUAAUGAUGAAAUCGUUGGUGGUGGUGGUGGUGGCUAUGAGGUGCCCUUACAUGGUCUAUGCUCCGAAUGCAAUUGUAAGCCUUUGAAUGCCAACUCAUUGCAGAAAUGCAACAAGGCCAUACAUAUAACCUAUGAACACUCACCCACCGAUAUGCCCCAUCAAAUCUAUGAGGAAAUAAUAAGUGUGCACAAUCCGGAUUAUGAUGAUCCCCACAGAACAUCUCAUGUACAUUAUGAUCAUUUAAGAUUUGAAUAGUG